AUGACCUCACUUAUAAUGGUGACAGAUUCUGGACAGCAGCCCCAUCCCAGGAACAUGGAUGAUUCUAAGGAUGCCGAACUCCUUAGGAUUCUUGGAUAUGCGAGGAUGCAUCAAAAACAAAUAAACUCUAGAUGGUAUCAAGAAGAUGCGGUGCUGGAACGUAUAUUGAAGACUUCGGCUAUAAAUUCGAUGUUCCCAGGCAUUGAUCUGGCAAUGCUAAAACAACGGAUUCAGGAAUUUGAGAAGAUGGUCAUAGAUUACUAUGCACCUGUAGUGUUGGAGUAUCACCUGCAGUGUUGGAGGGUCAUCUUUGUAGGCACCUGCAGUGUUGGAGGGCAAUGGAGAACUGUCAGUGUGUGA